CUCCCCUCCCGGCGCCUCCGCCGCCUGCCCGGCCUGCGCGAGCUCUGAGGCUGCCGGCUCGCGGCAGACGCCAUGUACCGGCUCCUGUCAGCCGUGACGACCCGUGCCGCGACCCCCGGGGGCUGUGCCUGGGGCCGCGGACGGCGUGGGGCCCACCAGCGCGCCGGCCUGCCGCCGCUCGGCCCCGGCUGGGUCGGGGGUCUCGGGCUGGGGCUGGGGCUGGCACUCGGGGUGAAGCUGGCGGACGGCCUGAGGGGCGCGGCCCCCGCGCAGCCCCCAGCGGCCCCCGAUCCCGAAGCGUCGCCCCAGGCCGAACAGCUGCCGCCGCAGGAGCAGCCCCUGGCUCCGUGGUCUGCACAGAGCCCGAUGCCGCCCCCCUCCCGGCGCUUCGCCAGAGCCAUCGACAGCAGCCGCGACCUGCUGCACCGGAUCAAGGAUGAGGUGGGCGCCCCCGGCAUAGUGGUUGGAGUCUCUGUAGAUGGAAAAGAAGUCUGGUCAGAAGGCUUAGGUUAUGCUGAUGUUGAGAACCGUGUACCAUGCAGGCCAGAGACCGUUAUGAGAAUUGCCAGUAUCAGCAAAAGCCUCACCAUGGUUGCUCUUGCCAAACUUUGGGAAGCUGGGAAACUGGAUCUUGAUAUUCCAGUACAACAUUAUGUUCCUGAAUUCCCAGAAAAAGAAUAUGAAGGUGAAAAGGUUUCUGUCACAACAAGAUUACUGAUUUCCCAUUUAAGUGGAAUUCGUCAUUAUGAAAAAGACAUGAAAAAGGUGAAAGAAGAGAAAGCUUACAAAGCCUUGAAGAUGAUGAAAGGGAUAAUGGAAUCUGACCAAGAAAAAGAAUUCAAAGAAAAAGGAGGCAAAAGUAAUGAAAAGACUGACUUUGUUAAAGCUAAGAUAGAGCAAGAUACUGAUGCCAAAGGCCGGAACUUAAAACCUGGCAAGAAAAAGAAUGAUUUUGAACAAGGCGAAUUGUAUUUGAAAGAAAAGUUUGAGAAUUCAAUUGAAUCACUAAGAUUAUUUAAAAAUGACCCUUUGUUUUUUAAACCUGGUAGUCAGUUUUUGUAUUCAACUUUUGGCUAUACCCUACUGGCAGCCAUAGUAGAAAGAGCUUCAGGAUAUAAAUAUUUGGACUAUAUGCAGAAAAUAUUCCAUGACUUGGAUAUGCUGACAACUGUGCAGGAAGAAAAUGAGCCAGUGAUUUACAAUAGAGCAAGAUUUUAUGUUUACAAUAAAAAGAGACGUCUUGUCAACACACCAUACGUGGAUAACUCCUAUAAAUGGGCUGGUGGUGGAUUUCUGUCUACAGUGGGUGACCUUCUGAAAUUUGGGAAUGCAAUGCUGUAUGGUUACCAAGUUGGGCUCUUUAAGAACUCACAUGAAAAUCUUUUACCCGGAUAUCUCAAGCCAGAAACAAUGGUUAUGAUUUGGACACCAGUCCCUAACACAGAGAUGUCUUGGGAUAAAGAGGGUAAAUACGCAAUGGCUUGGGGUGUUGUGGAAAAGAAGCAAACGUAUGGUUCUUGUAGAAAGCAGCGGCAUUAUGCCUCACACACCGGAGGUGCGGUGGGUGCCAGCAGUGUCCUGCUGGUCCUUCCCGAAGAACUGGAUGUGGAAGCUAUAAAUAACAAGGUUCCCCCGAGAGGAAUAGUCGUUUCUAUCAUCUGUAACAUGCAAUCUGUUGGCCUCAAUAGCACUGCUUUAAAGAUUGCUCUGGAAUUUGAUAAAGACAGAUCUGACGUAUCUUAACAUUGCAGGUGCAAAAUGAGCUGUUUUGUUCUUGUUGUUGCUGUUGUUUGAAACAUUAAAGCCCCAAAAUACAUGAGAUUUUUAAAAAUAGAUUUGUAAUAGGGUAUAAUUGAAUGCAGAGAAUUAUGUACCUCUAAUUGCUUAAUUUUGUAAUUGUCUUUUAUUGUAGGAUUAGUUCUUUAUACUCAGGGAAGUAAUUAUAUUAUUUUUACUUUUUGAAAAAAGUGUUAAUUCUUGAAAUAAAAUAUUCUGAUAAAAA